GUUGUUGUUCUAGUCAUGGAAGUGGUUAAUGUAGUGGGUAACGGCCCAUCCGCCUGUGAACUGUAUAAACUAUUCAACAACCAGGGCUAUUCAGAUUAUGUUGUGGUCUACCUACGACUGAUUGCUUCAGGCCAUUUGCAGAAGGAAUCCGAAUUCUAUCAGAAUUUCAUCGAAGGAGGCCGAUCCGUCGUUGACUUUUGUCAUCAGGAGGUCGAGCCGAUGUUUAAAGAGAGCGAUCACAUCCACAUAAUAGCACUGAGUUCCGCGCUGAACGUGGGCGUGCGAGUGAGGUACAUGGACCGCGGUGACUCGGCCGAGGUCAUUGCGCAUGACUUCCCCGAGGGCAGCAAAGUCACCGUUCACCUCCUCUAUCGGCCCGGGCACUACGACAUUCUCUAUCCUACUACAUCCUCCUGAAAAUAACUUGCCUCAAUAGCUUUAUAUACGAAUAAAAGGUAGGCAGGUAAUUCCGUUGCUAAUAUGCUAGGU